UCUCUCAUGCACAUCCUGAAACAACUGAGUGAAGGUGAACCUAAACGUCUCUGGAAGUGUCCGCACCCCGUGUCCUCCUGCUCCACACCGGGAACAUCUGUCUAUCCUGAGCCAUGUCCCUGUUCAGUGAGGUCCCCCAGGCCCCGCCUGUAGCCGUCUUUAAGCUGACCGCUGACUUCAGAGAGGACAGCCACCCGCAGAAGGUGAACCUGGGAGUUGGAGCGUACCGUACUGAUGACUGCCAACCCUGGGUACUGCCAGUGGUCAAGAAGGUGGAGCGGCUCAUUGUGGAGGAUGAUAGCCUGAACCAUGAGUACCUGCCCAUCCUCGGCCUGCCCGAGUUCCGCUCUGCCGCCUCCAAGGUUGCUCUAGGAGACGACAGCGCCGCCAUCAAGGAGAACAGGGUUGGAGGAGUUCAGGCUUUGGGUGGGACUGGUGCGUUGAGGAUCGGGGCAGAGUUUCUGCAGCGGUGGUACAAUGGAGUGAAGAACACCGCCACGCCUGUCUAUGUCUCAGCACCCACAUGGGAAAACCACAAUGGUGUGUUUGCUGAUGCUGGAUUCAAGGACAUCCGUCCGUACCACUACUGGGAUGCUGCUAAAAGGGGCCUGGACCUCAGCGGCUUCCUAGAGGACCUGGAGAAAGCUCCUGAACACUCCAUCUUCGUCCUCCAUGCCUGUGCACACAAUCCCACCGGGACAGACCCCACCCAGGAGGAGUGGAAGACCAUCGCAGAGGUCAUGAAGAGGAGAAAGCUGUUUGUGUUCUUCGACUCAGCCUACCAGGGAUUCGCCUCUGGCAGCCUGGAUAAAGAUGCCUGGGCGAUUCGUUUCUUUGUCUCUGAGGGCUUUGAGCUCUUCAUCGCUCAGUCCUUCUCCAAAAACUUCGGCCUGUACAAUGAGAGGGUGGGGAACCUGACGGUGGUCGCCAAGGAUACAGAGAACCUGACCCGCAUCUUAUCCCAGAUGGAGAAGAUUGUGAGGACAACCUGGUCCAACCCACCAUCUCAGGGAGCACGAAUUGUCAGCAAGACCCUCAACAACCCCGAGCUGUUUGCUGAAUGGAAGGAUAAUGUGAAGACCAUGGCAGACCGGGUCCUGUUGAUGAGGGAUCAGUUGAAGACCAAGCUGGUAGCUCUGGGAACCCCGGGGACCUGGGACCACAUCACUCAGCAGAUAGGGAUGUUCAGCUUCACUGGCCUUAACCCCAAACAGGUGGAGUUCAUGAUCAAGGAGAAGCACGUGUUCCUGAUGGCCAGCGGCCGCAUCAACAUGUGCGGUCUGACCACCAAGAACAUGGACUACGUCGCUCAGUCCAUCCACGAGGCUGUCACCAAGGUCCAGUAAAGUCUGCCCAUGUCCACACGCUUCUCGCCUCCAUCGGCCACAGGAAGUGCAUCAUCUCUGUGCCCCGCCCACCCCACUUAUCCUCUUCUCUGAUUGGUUUAACUGUUGAACCAAUAGUAGGACACAUAAAAACGUUUUUGGAAGUGCAAUGAAGGAAUUUUAAAGGCUUGUUCUUUUCUGGUCUCAAAUGUUUUAUUCAAAUUAACUUUAACAAUUGAACUUGAGUAAAAAAUUCAUGUAAAUAAUCAGUUAGAUGUCUGACCAUUUCCUGCUUCUGCACUGAAUUGUAACUUAUUCCACAUCAAUACAUGAAAAAUUUUCCUGUUUUCUGCCUUUAAAAUGUAAAAACCUGUAUUCUGUCAAUUUAUUUAUGCAGAACAGAAUCGUUCAUGUUGAUUUUAAUUUGUCGAAGAUGACUGUAAACGCACAUGUUUUUGCUAACAUGUAUCCUCUGAGGAAACAUGCUUGUACCUGAUGUUCUCAGAUGUGUAAAACCACUAAGUUAAAACCACGCUGUGUGCCAUCUCCACUUUCUCUCCACCCUGCAGUGUCUUUUUCAGUCCAGGUGUGAUCGGCUUGGAACCUGCCAUCAGUCUCUCAGCUACACUCCCAUGUUGUACUGUUUGCAAUGACAUCCUGGCUGUUAAUGCAGAAAUAAACUUUAAACCACUUGAACCAA